CAGGCGCUUAGUGGCCGUAGUAAGAGUAUGGGGGCGGUGGAGUAGUGUAUACUGUGCCGGCCUAGCGAUCAGUCGCAGUUCACACGCUGCUAGCUUACAAUUGAGAUCGGUAGCCCAGGAAUGACGGACGUUAUAUUGUUCUCCCCCAUCAAACAAAUGUAGGCAUCGUGAGUGUGUGACGGUUUUUAUUCCACUGGGGGAAACCAAGUAAAAAAACUGUAGUUUGCAGCGAAUCCUGUGUUUUGUAAACUUCCUAGUCGAGACCGGACGCUGUUCUGUUCUGACCCCGGCGGAGAAAUAUGCUUAAGUUUCUCACAAACAAAUUUAGGACACAUUCUUUGAAUGAAGACCAACUGCAGCAGGAUAAGGGAGACGAAGAUCACGAUUCCGGCACAGAAUCGGACGACGAGCUCUGUGAAACAGAAGAUCAAGAAAGCAUUAUGGAGAGUGAGACGGAGCGUUCCAGCGGGUCGACUUUGAGUCCCAGUCCGUUCGCAGGCAUUGACGUCAUACCCUACAGUCCAUCGAGUCCGUUCUUGGACAGCGCACUUCCCAGUGACAGCGAUCAUAAUAACGACCACCACAGCUCUGAGGAGGAGCUGGAAGUGAUCAACAACCCGAGCAAGUGCGCUGCCUUUGGUAGUUCUCUGAAGGAACUGCUGACUUGCCGCAGUGGUAGCGUCAAUGCGGUGGUGCCAGAGAAACGCAAGUGGUCUCAAGUAACGAGCAGUUCCGCAUGCUCGCUUAGUAAUACCAAUCAUCUGUCUACAAAUUCGUCGGAUCUCUUAACGAUAUCGUCGGGGAGUUGUUCCUCCCUUCACGGAGGGAAUGGUAGUAACGUGGCGGCGUUAGCCGGUGCAGGUGGACGGGCUUCGGUGGCUGUCGUCACUACCACGCCAGCUGCAGAUCAUAGUUCCGGUAGUUCCGAUGAAGAAAUUCAGGGGCUGCUCGCAGCCAUGGCGACGCCUGUAAAGUUCCGAACGACCCCGCCGCUGGACGUUCACAAACCCGGUCUUUCCCUUUCGCCGCCCCCGAAGUUAUUUCAUUUUGGAACACAGUCUUCAGCCGCUGCAGCACUGGAGGUGUCACCCAGGAAGAGACAUCGCCAUACGCCCCGAGCGCACCACAUCCAGCGACCGUGCCUAGACUUCGAGAAGAUGCAGCUGGUAAGUGAAGAACAUGGUGUCUCUGCCCGUACAAUUUGUUCGAAUGUCUCACUUCAACUGCCACUGAAGGCGCGAUCCGUGACUGCUUGGAGGCACGGAGGCGACCACGGAGGAGAAUUGUCUGUGUACUGCUGGUGAACUACCCAUCCCUCUUCACGUCUUUUCUUCUGUGUUGCUUUUGGAUUCGGAAGACGUUGGCGACUGGAAAGGUCAUUUUUACGUAAUGUGUGGAAGCCGGAAUGUGUGCAAUUUCCGAUGUUCUUGUGUGUAUGGAACAAGACUGACUGAAUAUAUUCUAGAUAUGAAGGUGAAAGUUGAAAUAUUUGCCCAUAAUUCAUAUAUGAAAAUGAAAAAAAUAAUGUUACCUCCUUCUAACGACCCGAAAGAACAGACAGUAUAUAUUAUAUAAUGAAAUGAAUGGAGGAUAACUUGAUAAAUAUUUUAAAACUAGAAUUUAAUUAACACGAAGGGGAAAUAUAUAUAUACAUACUAUAAUACUUCUCUAACGCUCUCCAUAGGCGAACCACACGAACAGUUUUUUUAAUUGGCAUGAUAAAUAGUACGGAGUAUAAAAUGCAGGGAAAGUUUGGAAUUAGUAAUAAAUGUGUGGGUUUAAGCCCGGUCUGUCAUUCUCGGAAACAUUGUAAUUAUUUUUUAAUUUAAUGGAGAUAUUUUUGUAAGAAGUAUUGCUGAAGUUCCAUAUGUUUCUACGUUUCCAAUAUAAUUAGAAAGCAUUUGCCUUUCACUCUUAGCGCUUUCCAAUUGCUUACAUCUGAGCGUCAGUACUGCCUUCUGAUAUUCCCUUGGAAUUCGAGGAAGCAUUUUCAUAUAACGAGAAAGUCUACAUGAAUUUGAACAAUCGCUGCUGCUGGACAGAGCUGGCCCAAACGUUGUCCAGAAUCUGACCUGUAAGAUGAUAUUAUUUAAAUUUUUAUCUAAUUUUAACGAUGUACUGAUAAGAUUGUGUCUAGUGCCAGGGACCUCCCUGUUACGGGUAUUUGCCGAAUUCAGGUUGGAAAGCGUUAGACAGUGUGUGCAGAUGUCUUAUCAGAAUCGUCUUUUUCUUUAUGGUAGUGUUAUUUUUGUUGUUAGGCUAAAGACAAUAUUACUACCAUGUAUAGGCCAUAAUUCAAAUUUUCACUUGCGUGUUUCCGAACACUCGAUGCUUUUUAUAUCGAUAACUUUGCUAACCUAACCUAACUUCAACUUGUGUAAGAAUUUAUGCCGUUUGAAGAGAACGGAAGCAUUUGACAUUGUCUAGGUCCAAAACAACUUUUAGAAAUAAAACAAAUUUUGUUAUGUAAAAU